GAGUUGUUUGAACUGGACUAGAGUUAUUGAUUUGUCAACAGGGAUAAGCUUAUUGGUUCUCACAGUGUGCAGAAGAUGGGUAAAUGCAAGGGUUGUGGGAAAUUAGGAAGGAUGCUGCCAAGGGAUGGGCCUGUGAAUACAUACCAUUCUGCUCUGCUGUGUUCUCCUGUUGUUUCUGUUUGGGAUUGCAUUGUACGUAAAAUGAGAUAUUCCUACAGACCUGAGUGGGUGUAGUCUUGGUGUUAUAGGAUUAUAUUAGUUCUCAAUAAGGGAAUUAUUUAGAAAUAGGUAGUAUCGAAAGUUUUUUUGAAAGAAAAAGGUAAAAGAGGAAAAAAGACAGCUUUAUAGGGAAAUGUAUACAAUUUAGAGGAACCUUAUUAAAGAAAAAAAAUCCUGAGUAAACAGAAGUCUGUGUUUAAAGCUUUUUAAUUUUCAUGGAUAACAAGGCAUGCAAUAAAGUGCAACCGGUAGUGAGAAAAGC